CUCAGACAGACACCCCGCCCGCCGCCGCCGCCGCGCCGUUGCUAGGGCCGCCGCUGCCGCCAAGCCGCUCCGCUGCAUCCUUCCGGUGGCGGAGCCGGACCGGGCGCUUUGGUUCCGGCUCCCCGGGGGGCCGCGGGACGCGGGCCCAGCCCGGCCCGGGGGAGCCGCCAGCAGGUGCCCAGCGGCGGCCCGGGGCCCCGGCGCUGAGGGGGCCGCGGGGUGCGGGCCGGGCCCCGGCGCUUGAGGCGCCUGCGCUGGCCAGGAUACGUCUGAGAGCUGUGGCACGGGCGUGCGCCGGGGAACGGCUGCAGUGGCCCAGCGUUUCCUGUUUGAACCAAAGAUGUCAUUAAAUUCGCCAACACUAUUAAAUCAAGAAAGCCAUCGGGGAUUUAAAAAAAAAAUUGAAUGUCUGAAAAACCCAGAAUCACAGACUACAUCUUUGCAAGAUAACCCACUUCAAAACUUACAGAUAGCAUCCCAUGAAGUUCUUGAAAAGGCCCAAAAGAGUGGGAGAUCAAAGUGUCCAAAAUGUGGGAGUUCCAGGAUGUUCUAUUGUUAUUCAUGUUAUGUUCCAGUUGAAACUGUCCCCACCAAACAAAUUCCAGUUGUGAAGCUGCCUUUGAAGAUUGACAUCAUUAAACACCCAAAUGAAAAUGAUGGCAAAAGCACUGCUGUACAUGCUAAGCUCCUGGCCCCUGAAGAUGUUAUGAUUUACACAUACCCUUGCAUUCCUGAAUAUGAAGAAAAAAGACAUGAAAUGGUGCUCAUCUUUCCUGGUCCCAACUCAAUUUCACUUAAAGAUCUUGGUCUCCAUCUGCAAAGAAAUACUAAGAAAAAUGUUUGUGGCGAAGAUGAUGAUUCUACAGCAGAACCACUUCUCAAGCAAGCACGGAUAGAAUCAGAACAACAAAACAUAAAUGAAUGCAAGGCAAACAAAAGUGAAGGCACUGGACUGAAGAAAAUAAUCUUUAUCGACAGUACUUGGAAUCAAACUAACAAAAUAAUUACUGAUGAGCGACUUCAAGGGCUGCUGCAAAUUGAGCUAAAAACAAGGAAAACUUGCUUUUGGCGUCACCAGAAAGGAAAGCCAGAUACGUACCUUUCCACAAUUGAAGCAAUUUAUUAUUUUCUUGUGGACUAUCAUCAGGAGGUUUUGAAAGAGAAAUACAAAGGACAGUAUGACAAUCUGCUUUUUUUCUAUUCAUUUAUGUAUACGCUGAUAAAAAACGCCAGGUCAUCUACAAGAAAAGAGUAAGCCAUGACAUUGGGCCAGCUGUAAAUAAUACCAUGUUUGAUUUUUCUUCACUAAUAAAAUGGUGUGUGAUUUUCUUUU